AUGCCCAAAUAUAACGACUACUGCGAUGUCUACCUCACGCACGACUCGAUGAGCGUGCGCAAGGCGCACAACGCCGGACGUAACCACCUCAGAAACGUGCUGGAAUACUACCAACAAAUCGGACAAGAAAAGGCCCAAUCGGUCAUCGAUUCCAUCACCUCGUCCUACGCCGCCGAAGGCCAGGCUGUCCCGAAUCCCGCAAUGGCUCCCCCGGGGGCUUACCCUCCUCCAUUUGGCUUCCCUGCCCCCGGAGCAAGAGGUCUCCCCUUUCCACCCCCCUUCCCCGGUCCAGCAGGCGCCGCCCCUCCUGCCGGUCUCCCCCCUCUCCCCAACAUGCCCCCCGGUGCCCAGGGCUUCCCUCCUCUGCCUGGCGGAUUCCCUCCGAACUUCCCGACCCCUCCCCCUGGUGCUGCUGCUGCCGGGUUCCCCCCCAUCCCUCCCCCAGGUCAAGCUCCAGCAGGAUACAGCCCCAGUCCUACGCCCGGUAUAGCUGGACCGCCGGGACAGGAUGGUGGUUACGCACCACCGCCCGGUAUGGGCGCCGGUUUGCCUGGUCCGCCUCCGGGAUUGGGUGACAAGCGGUGA